AUGGUAGCCCUGUGGAUAUUCGUGGCUCUUGGCUACUUGUUGCUGUAUGCGUUUGCUACGAUGCAAACACAGGAAUGGUGCCUAGGAGGCCUGGACAAAGAACCCAUGCCAUGCAUGGACAGGGUAAACCCUUCUAUGGGUUCCAUACAUCAUAUUCAACGUAUGAGAUUGCGAAUGGGCUCCGCUACAACUAAGAGUCCUUUGAUGAUUAUUGAGGAUAACGACUGCAUGACUUUGAUGGAAGGCGUUUGA